AUGUCAAAACGAUUCCUCUCUCUCCUCCUUUCCUACCUUGUAAUUGUAUGCCUCCUUUUAACCAUCACAAUCGCCAACACCGCAACUGCCAUUGCCAUACCCACUGCCACAAUCUCACAGCCAUUCAGACAAGCCCCAAAAUUCUACAACUCCCCACAAUGCCCUUCCCUCACCGACACAGACGACAGUGACACAGACACAGAAACCAACAAUGGCGACACCGACGACACCUUCUGCUCUGACAACGCCAUCCACGUUGCGAUGACCCUCGACACCGCCUACAUCCGCGGCUCCAUGGCGGCGAUCCUCUCCGUUCUUCACCACUCUUCCUGCCCUCAAAACAUCGUCUUCCACUUCGUCAUUUCCGCUUCCGCCAACGCAUCAAUCCUACACGCCACCAUCGCCACCUCCUUCCCGUACCUCAACUUUCACCUCUACACCUUGGACGACACCGCCGUCGCCGGCUUAAUAUCCACCUCCAUUCGCUCCGCCCUUGACUGCCCUCUCAACUAUGCUCGCAGCUACUUAGCCAAGCUUUUACCUCUUUGUGUCAACAAAAUAGUUUACCUCGACUCCGACCUCGUUCUCGUCGACGACAUUGCCAAACUCGUCGCCACCCCUCUCGACGACGACAGAGUUUUAGCUGCACCCGAGUACUGCAAUGCCAACUUCACCUCCUAUUUUACUCCGACCUUCUGGUCAAACCCUUCUCUAUCAUUAACCUUCGCAAAUCGUAAAGCUUGUUAUUUUAACACAGGUGUUAUGGUGAUCGAUCUUGAUCGAUGGAGAGAGGGUGACUAUACGACCAAAAUAGAAGAAUGGAUGGAGCUCCAGAAGAGAAUGAGGAUUUAUGAACUUGGUUCAUUGCCACCAUUUUUGCUUGUUUUCGCCGGAAAGAUAGCUCCGGUGGAUCACCGGUGGAAUCAACAUGGUCUUGGGGGAGAUAAUUUUCGCGGGCUUUGCCGGGAUUUACAUCUGGGUCCGGUGAGUCUUUUGCAUUGGAGUGGGAAAGGUAAACCAUGGGCUCGACUUGACGCAAACAGGCCAUGCCCGUUGGAUGCUCUGUGGGCUCCUUAUGAUCUCUUGAAGCCACCAUUCUCGUUUGAUUCUUGA